AAAAAAUUAAAAAUUAAAAAAAAAAAGUAUUUAUCGAAAUACAAAAUUGUAUUAUGUUAUUAACUCAAAAAACAGUUACCAAACUUGAAACCAAAUGACUCAACACCAUGUUCGGUUAUCUCAAACGUUUGACAGUUGGUUCCCGCCUUAAAAACACCCUCUUUGUAUCCCAUUCUCUAUCCACAGACACUGCCUUGGCUUCCAAAUUCAAGUCCCCUUCACACCAGACCAUCCAUCUCCUCUUAGAAAAAUGCUCUACCAUGAGAGAACUCAAUCAACUCCACGCCCAAAUCAUCCUCCAUGGACUCACUAACCAAACCCUCACUCUCGGCAAGCUAAUUUCCUUCUGUGCUGUCUCCGAUGCCGGCAAUCUCGAAUAUGCCCAGUUCAUAUUCAAUCACACAAUCGAACACAAUCGAUUCAUGUAUAAUAGUCUGAUAAGGGGUUAUUCUAACAGUGAUGACCCAUCGAAGGCUGUUUUUCUUUACCACAGAAUGAUUGGUUCUGGUAUUUCUCCGAAUGAAUUCACUAUCCCUUUUGUUCUCAAGGCAUGUGCGUGCAAUUUGGCGUAUUUGGAUUGUGUUGUUGUUCAUGGUCAAGCUAUUAAAUUGGGAAUUGGGUUCCAAGUUUGUGUACAAAAUGCGCUUAUUCAUGUGUAUGUUGUUUGUGGGUUGAUCUGCUGUGCACGUCAAGUGUUUGAUGAAAUUAGUGAGAGGACUUUGGUUUCGUGGAACUCGAUGAUUGGGGGGUAUUCGAAGAUGGGUUGUUCCAAGGAAGCGUUUUUACUCUUUCGUGAAAUGUUAGAACUUGAGAUGGAGCCUGAUGAGUUUACCUUUGUUAGCCUCCUUUCUGUCGGUUCGCAGACUUUUGAUUUACAUUUGGGAAGAUAUGUACAUUUUUAUAUAGAGAUUACUGGGGCCGAAACUGAUAUAUAUGUGCAGAAUGCUCUUGUUGAUAUGUAUGCUAAGUGUGGGGAUUUGCAUACGGCUCAAGCAUUUUUUAACCAAAUGCCUGAUAAAAACGUGGUUUCAUGGACUUCUGUGGUCAGUGCAUAUGCUAAACAUGGGCUCAUUGAUUGUGCUCGGGAAGUUUUUGAUCAAAUUCCAGUGAAAAAUGUUGUUUCUUGGAAUUCCAUGAUUUCAUCUUAUGUUCAAGAAGGUCGCUGCAGGGAAGCUUUGGAUCUCUUUUGCGAAAUGCAUUAUUCGAAAGUGGUUCCUGAUGAGACUACACUAACUAUCAUUCUUUCAGCCUGUUGUCAACUUGGUGAUUUGGUUAUGGGAAAGAAAGCCCACGAUUACAUCUACAACAACCAUAUAACGCCCAGUGUUUCUUUAAUUAACAUCCUCAUAGACAUGUACGCAAAAUGUGGUGCCAUAGAAACUGCUUUAGAUAUUUUUCUUGGGAUGCCAGAGAAGAAUGUGGUGUCAUGGAAUGUUAUGAUUGGGGCCCUUGCAUUACAUGGGUGUGGAUUUAAUUCUAUUGAGCUCUUUGAAAAGAUGCAAGCUGAUGGGAUAAGGCCUGAUGGGAUCACCUUCACGGGGUUGCUUUCUGCGUGUAGUCACAGCGGUCUUGUAGACAUUGGGCGAUUUUAUUUUGACAGAAUGACACUUAUUUACAGAGUACCACGUGAAAUUGAGCACUAUGCCUGCAUGGUUGAUCUUCUUGGGCGAGGAGGGCUCUUGGAAGAAGCAAUUGGGCUGAUAGUAGGCAUGCCAAUGAAGCCUGACGUUGUAGUUUGGGGUGCCCUGCUAGGUGCUUGUAGGAUGCGUGGCAAUGUCGAGAUUGGGAAGCAAAUUCUAAAACAGCUAUUGGAGAUGGAGCUGUAUAGUGGAGGACUUUAUGUUCUUCUUUCAAACAUAUUCUGUGAAGCUCAAAGAUGGGAAGAUGUGCAAAAAUUAAGGAAACUAAUGAAGGACCACGGGAUUGAAAAGGGUAGUGCAAUAAGCUAUGUUGAAAUAGAUGGGCGUGUUCAUGAAUUCAUGGCUGAUGACAAGAGAAAUGAAAUUUCAAGUUGUAUCUAUGUCAUCCUUGAUCAAUUAACAGACCAUCUAAAGUCAGCAGAGUAUUUAUGCGACCUUUCGUGGGAAUUUUUGGAUGCAGAGGAAAUUUAGUCCUGUGGUGACAAUGUCAUUGCAUACACGUGGUGAGGGAAUCCAUGAUCACAUCUAGCAGGCUAAAGGGAUCUGGCUUGACGAUAAAGGUGGCUUAACCAUUAGGCUAUUUAGCCUAUCACCUAAGGGCCACCCAAAAAAUUUCAAAAAGUUCUUAUUGCCGAAGGCCCCAAUUUUUCAAAGGUUCAGUAAGAUGAGAGGCCUCAUUUUGAUGUCUAGCCUGAAGUCUCAAAAAAUGUUGGACCGCUUGGAGCUACCUUCACAGUACACAUAUUAUAUAAGGUAUCAACUCUAGAAUGCCUGCGAAGCUUGAGUUUCUGGUUGGGAUCAGUGCUUGUUGCACCCGUUUGUGAAACUGGAGAUGGGAUGGUGUGAAGAAACUAAUGAAGGACUACAGGAUCACAUUAGAACAAUUCGAUUGAGUUAUGAUUGAGGAUUGCAUUUAUGAUCCAUGGUCAAUAAGUUGAUCCUUGUAGGGAAUUUGAAUUUGUGCAACUUCCACAUGCCUUUUUUGUCUGCUUAGAAAGUGUAGUUCUGUGUUAAAUUCUCUGCAUAGAAAUUUUAGUGCUGUUUCGAUCGUGGAGAAGGAGCCAAGAACCUUCCUUAGGAUUCAUUUGGAAUGUGAGUUAGCUUUUUGAUUUUUUAGCUAUUUUAGCUUGGUGUUAAAAAGUCUUAUUUGAGAUAAGUUUUUUUUGAUUUUUUUUACUUUUGUGAGAGAAAAAAUGAAAUGAUUAUAGUUUGAAUGUGA